GCGGGCUGGCGCUCGCUCCCCGGGGGUCGGUGUGCGCUCCACGGGGAAGGACGCGCUCGCUGCCCCGCUUCUCCCGCCCCCCUCCCGCUCCUCCUCCUCCCUCCUCCUCCCCGCUCCGGCGGCGGAGGCUGCGGCGGCGGCGGGGGGUGUGCGAACUGAGGCCGGGGCCGGCGGGCGGGCGGCGGGCGGGCUGCCUGCAGGCGGAGGGCGCUGUGCUUUGUGCUUUUCGCCGCGAGGAGCAGCAGGCAGCAGCCACAGCCGCCGCCACAGCAGCAGCAGCAGCCGCCGCCCCAGCGCCGCCGCCGCGCCCGGAGGAGGAGCCGCUGCCACCGCGGGAGGGAGCUGCGGCUGUGCCCGGCCGAGCGGGGGAGGGCGCCGCCGCUCAGAACCGGGGAGGGAGCCGCCGGAGCGGGAAGCCCGGACGCCGCGCUGCGCCGGGUAACCGCGGCUUGGGACGCAUCCGCGAUCAGGGCCGGGCAGCGGGGAGCGAACAGCGGAUGAGGGUGAGGUGGCUUUGAACCCGGGUGUCCCGGCCAGCGUGAACGAGGAAGUGGCUGGACGGGUGGAGAAUGAACGGAGAAGCUGACUGCCCCACAGACCUGGAAAUGGCCGCCCCCAAAGGCCAAGACCGCUGGUCCCAGGAAGACAUGCUGACUUUGCUCGAAUGCAUGAAGAACAACCUGCCGUCCAAUGAUAGCUCCAAGUUCAAAACCACUGAGUCACACAUGGACUGGGAAAAAGUAGCAUUUAAAGACUUUUCUGGAGACAUGUGCAAGCUCAAAUGGGUGGAGAUUUCUAACGAGGUGCGAAAGUUCCGCACAUUGACAGAAUUGAUCCUCGAUGCUCAGGAACAUGUCAAAAAUCCGUACAAAGGCAAAAAACUCAAGAAACACCCGGACUUCCCAAAGAAGCCCCUGACCCCUUAUUUCCGCUUCUUCAUGGAGAAGCGGGCCAAGUAUGCGAAACUUCACCCUGAGAUGAGCAACCUGGACCUGACCAAGAUUCUGUCCAAGAAAUACAAGGAACUCCCCGAGAAGAAGAAGAUGAAAUAUAUUCAGGACUUCCAGAGGGAGAAACAGGAGUUCGAGCGAAACCUGGCCCGGUUCAGGGAGGAUCACCCCGAUUUAAUCCAGAAUGCGAAGAAGUCUGACAUCCCCGAGAAGCCCAAAACCCCCCAGCAGCUGUGGUACACCCACGAGAAGAAGGUGUAUCUCAAAGUUCGGCCAGAUGCCACUACGAAGGAGGUGAAGGACUCCCUGGGGAAGCAGUGGUCUCAGCUCUCGGACAAAAAGAGGCUGAAAUGGAUUCAUAAGGCCCUGGAGCAGCGGAAGGAGUACGAGGAGAUUAUGCGUGACUAUAUCCAGAAGCACCCCGAGCUGAACAUCAGUGAGGAGGGCAUCACCAAGUCCACCCUCACCAAGGCCGAACGCCAGCUCAAGGACAAGUUUGAUGGGCGACCCACCAAGCCACCUCCGAACAGCUAUUCGCUGUACUGCGCGGAGCUGAUGGCCAACAUGAAGGACGUGCCCAGCACGGAGCGCAUGGUGCUGUGCAGCCAGCAGUGGAAGCUGCUCUCCCAGAAGGAGAAGGACGCCUACCACAAGAAGUGCGACCAGAAAAAGAAAGAUUAUGAGGUGGAACUGCUCCGUUUUCUGGAGAGCUUGCCAGAGGAGGAGCAGCAGCGGGUCUUGGGGGAAGAAAAGAUGUUGAACAUCAACAAGAAGCAAACCACCAGCCCAGCCUCCAAGAAGCCCUCCCAGGAAGGGGGCAAGGGCAGCUCAGAGAAGCCGAAGAGGCCGGUGUCAGCCAUGUUCAUCUUCUCCGAGGAGAAGCGGCGGCAGCUGCAGGAGGAACGGCCAGAGCUCUCGGAAAGCGAGCUGACCCGCCUGCUGGCGCGCAUGUGGAACGACUUGUCAGAGAAGAAGAAGGCCAAGUACAAGGCCCGGGAAGCCGCGUUGAAGGCUCAGUCGGAGAGGAAGCCGGGCGGGGAGCGCGAGGAACGGGGCAAACUUCCUGAGUCACCCAAGAGAGCGGAGGAGAUCUGGCAACAGAGCGUCAUCGGUGACUACCUGGCCCGCUUUAAGAAUGAUCGGGGGAAGGCCUUGAAAGCCAUGGAGAUGACCUGGAACAACAUGGAAAAGAAGGAGAAACUCAUGUGGAUUAAGAAGGCGGCUGAAGACCAAAAACGAUACGAGAGAGAGCUGAGUGAGAUGCGGGCACCCCCAGCUGCUGCGAACUCAUCCAAGAAGAUGAAGUUCCAGGGAGAACCCAAGAAGCCUCCCAUGAACGGUUACCAGAAGUUCUCCCAGGAGCUGCUGUCCAACGGGGAGCUGAACCACCUGCCACUGAAGGAGCGCAUGGUGGAGAUCGGCAGCCGCUGGCAGCGCAUCUCCCAGAGCCAGAAGGAGCACUACAAAAAGCUGGCCGAGGAGCAGCAGAAGCAGUACAAAGUGCACCUGGACCUCUGGGUCAAGAGUCUGUCUCCCCAAGACCGUGCAGCCUAUAAAGAGUACAUCUCCAACAAGCGUAAGAGCAUGACCAAGCUGCGAGGCCCAAACCCCAAGUCCAGCCGGACUACCCUGCAGUCCAAAUCCGAGUCCGAGGAGGAUGAGGACGAGGAUGAGGACGAAGAGGACGAGGACGAAGAAGACGACGACGACGAGAACGGGGACUCGUCGGAGGAUGGCGGGGACUCCUCGGAGUCCAGCAGCGAGGACGAGAGCGAGGAGGGAGACGAGAACGAGGAGGAUGAUGAAGAUGAGGAUGACGACGAGGACGAUGACGAGGACGAAGACAACGAGUCCGAGGGCAGCAGCUCCAGCUCCUCCUCCUCGGGGGACACCUCAGACUCGGACUCCAACUGAGACUCGGCCCCACCCGGGGCUCUCCUCUCCAACUGACCGCCUUUGUUUCUCCCCUUUGUUCUGUCCCCUGCCCUCCCCCACUUUUUUCUUUCUUUCUUUCUUUUUUAAACAAAAUACGGUGGGGGGAGGGGCCGGAGGAGCCCAGGCCCACACUCUGCAGCCUCAGAGACAUCAGCCCUGGGGACCUCCAGCGAGUGCCACCAUCAGACUGAGCCGCCACUGGACUGGACCGCCCCCCCCCCUUCUGCACUUGCGGUUCCGGCAUGGACAAUGGACCUGGGAGUGGGGUGGGGGUCCCAAAGAGUUCAGUGAGGCCCUCUACCCCUGCAGCCCAACCUAAGGGGGGGUGGGAGCUUGGGGGAGGACCCCUCCCUUCCCAGAGGGGCUUGCUGCCUGGAUACCUACUUGGAACUGGAGGCAGGAAACAUGGGGAAAGGAGGGCGGGUGCCUAAGAGAAAACAGGCACUGCCCCGCAGCCCUCUCCCCUGCCCCCUGCAGGAAGGAGCUACCUGGACCCACUCGUGGGGGGAGGGGCAGAGGUGUUUUUUAUAUAUGUGUAUAUAUUUUUUUUUUAAGCUCUGAGCUGUCAACGAGACGUUUCCUACCGAUCUCGGCUGCCGUCUCUGUUGUCAUUUCUGGGAGAGGGAGGGUUUAGGGGGAUAGGUUUGGGACUUUUUAAAAACUUGAUACGUAUGGAAAAGUGUGUGUGUGCGCGCGCGUGUCCUGUACAUAGCAUGGGUGCACCUGUGGAUGUGUGCAAAGGCACAUGAAUAUGAAUAAGUGUGUGUGUGUGCAAGAGACGGGGGGAGCCCAUGUCAGUCCGUGAAUCUGGUAAAAGGGUUGGUGAGGGCCAGGGAGACAUUGACCCUGGUGGGGAAGGCUGAGGCUGGGAAGGCUGGGAUGGAUGGCCCCUUUCUCCACAUCCUCUGCUUUGCCUAAUCUCUGAUUCAAUUUGGGGGGGGGAGGUGCCAAAGCCACUCUGAUGCUUCCUACCAGUUUCCCUCUGCCGGGGCCAUAUGACCGAGCUGCUGCUGGUCUCCGACAUCCAGUAGGACUGCGGGGAGGGGGACAGACCAGGCGAAACGGAAAGCUUGUGUUUGGUGGGAACGGCCUCCCACUUUCAUCCGGGGGGCGGGGGGUCGCCUGGCCACCCAAGGCUCAGAACCUAGGCUUCAAGAGAUAGAUGUCUUGCAAGCUCUUACCCCUCCUGCCUUUCCUGAGUAUCCUCCAGCUCCCCUGCCCCCAUUUCCUUUGAUUUCUCAGGUCUGCUCCCUUCCACCCCCCAGACCCACAGCUGGGGGAGAGGGCUGCAAAACCAGCUUUUGCAGCCCUCUCUGUGAUCCCUCCCAGCCGCCCUGAGAUUUUUGGCACCCUGAUUCCUAGACUUUUAAGCCAAGCCACCUUGUCUUGUGGAUUUAAUUUUUUGUUGUUGUUUUGUUUUUGAUUAAAUUUUGGCUUUUUUUUUCCCCCUCCCAAUCAUGUCACUGACCUAUUUCAUGGGGGCUCUGUGCUUUUCCACCUUCCCCGUCUGAGUGAAAGCCAAGAGAUGGGGGAAGAGUGGGAAACCCGCCUAGGAGUCGGGGUAAGAGAGGUAGAUCCUGCUCCCAAAGGCAGGCCAACACUCUGCCUUGGAUGUGGUGCUGGGGGUUGGGGGAGCGCGGGAGGGACACUCCCCACUCCCGCUGCCCUCCCUUUGUCCCUAUCCUGGAAUUAGGCACAGGGCUUCAUAGGUUCUAUUUCUUACCCAGAGCCCCUGCAAAGAACCCCAUGCCCUGUUUGAAUGCCCCUGAGCUGUUGUGUUUUAGUGGAACGUGUUUUCAUCUAAAAGCAACUUUGAAGGGGGCGCUUUUUUUCCCCGUUUUAAAAAUUGAAAUUCAAUUCUUACAGUACAAACAGGGCUGUGGGGAUGGGGGUGUUGGUGCUGUAAGAGGUCACUCUUGAGUGCAUUUUGGCACUGGGUUGGGAUGGCUGGGGUGGGAGGACUCCUGCCCCGCCCCCCCUUUUUUUUCUAAUAUUUAAGGAGUGUUUUUGUAGGUUUCAACAACAACCACAACUUGAAUUUGUAUCAUGGGAGGGGGAGUGGCUUAGAGGUGUCUGCCUAAGCUUAAAGCCAACUGUGGAAGUUUUGUUUUCCCUUUUUUUGUACAAUAAAGUGAAAAACAAA